CGUCGCCAGGCUGCGCCGCGGUUUGUCAUCAGACCUCAGAGCACAUUUGCUUUCGAAGGCCAGAGCGCAAAGUUCUCUUGUCGCGUUAUUGCCGUUGCUCCCGCUACAGUUUCCUGGUACCACAACAACGCCGAGUUGCGGCAGUCGGUCAAAUACAUGAAACGCUACCUGAUCGACGAUUACACGUUUGUAAUCAACCGCGUGAAACUAGAGGACAGAGGAGAGUACAUCAUCAGGGCUGAGAACCACUACGGCGCCCGAGAAGAACCCGUGUUUCUCAACGUGCAACCGGUUCCGACGGAUGUGUCUAUUGUGAAACCGGAUCUCGGCGUGCAAAGGAAAAGACAGCCAUUAGAAAUCAAGAAUCUUUGGCAGGAAGCCCGUGACUCUGCUCCGUGUUUCACGUUCUUGUUGCGACCCCGUGUCAUUCAAGUUGGCAGCAGUGUUAAAUUGCUGUGUUGCUUGAGUGGCAAACCAACUCCUGACGUCAAAUGGUUCAAAGGCAGUCAAGAACUUUCGAAGUAUGAGUACGCGAUGACUCAUUCUGAUGGCGUAGUAACCAUGGAAAUCACUAACUGCCGAGUGCAAGAUUCUGGAAAAUAUCGAUGCGAAGCGAAGAACACGCUUGGUUCAGACGAGACAAAU